UAAAUGUAACAUUUUUCUGCAAGAUGGAAAAAGUUGUAGCCAAGUACGAUGGUAAGGAGUCGAGUGCGAAUUACAAGCAUCAUCGCAAACGAGAUGAAAAAUUGAAACACAACAGUAGAAGUGACAGUAAAGAACGUCAUUCUAAAUCGUCAAAAAAUAGACCUAAAUCAUUGAAAAAGGGUGUUCAAAAAAAGAAGAAAAAACAACGAGAUACCUCAGAGUCUUCCUCUCGUAAAAAGUCUUCCAAGCAUAAGAGUAGAAAGAGAUCGUCGUCAUCGUCUUCAUCUUCGUCUUCGUCAUCAUCCUCUGAUUCCUCAGAAGAAUCUUCGUCAUCGAAUUCUUCGUCUAAUUCUACAAAAUUAUUGGAGAAACUGCAGAAACAACGAAAGAAACAAAUUGAGGAACGUAAGCGGCAAAAAGAAAUAUUGAAAAUAACUGAAACACCAGAAGAGAAAAGACUACGGCGUUUAAAGAAAAAAGAGGCCAAGGAACGUAAACGUAAAGAAAGAAUGGGAUGGGAUAAUGAUUACUUACAUUAUACCAAUACAGAUAAUCCAUUUGGUGAUGGGAAUUUAUUGUCCACAUUUGUUUGGUCAAAGAAACUUGAGAAGGAAGGUUUACUCGGAGUUAGUAGAGAAGCACUUGAAACUAGAAAUAGAUAUAAACAAGAAGAAAAUAGGAGAGAAUUAGAAAAAGUUAAGAAAAGACGACAAGAACGUGAGUUGGAAAGGCAACAAAGGGAAGAAGAAAUGACCCUUUUACAAAGAGGAAAAGAAGCCGCACAGUUGGAGCAAUGGGCCCGACAGGAAGAUCAGUUCCACCUCGAACAGGCGAGAUUAAGAUCACGAAUUAGAAUUCAAGAUGGUCGAGCAAAACCCAUUGAUCUUUUGGCAAAAUACAUUAGCGCAGAAGAAGAAGUAGAUGCAGUAGAAAUGCAUGAACCUUAUACUUAUUUAAGGGGACUACAAGUGAAGGAUUUAGAAGAUCUUAUAGAAGAUAUAAAAGUUUACAAAGAACUGGAACGUGGUAAAAAUUUAGAUUAUUGGAAUGACAUUACAGUCAUUGUUGAAGAUGAAUUACAUAAACUGAGAAAGUUGGAAAGAUCGGAGUACGAAGUUGCGGUUGGACGAAGAGAAGGGAUUCAUGAAUCUGUAGCUAAAGAUGUGACUACUGUUUUUAAAGGCAAGACUGCAUCACAAUUAGAACUUUUACAAAUAGAAAUUGAAUCCAAAAUUUCUGGCAAACCGGAAGGUGUAGAUAUCGGAUACUGGGAAAGCCUUUUAUCUCAAUUGAAAGCUCAUAUGGCAAGGGCUCGGCUUAGAGAUCGACAUCAAGAAAAUUUGCGCAAAAAAUUAGAAGUACUAAUAGCAGAACAAGGUGUCGCUAGAACCGAAAGUGAAGCAGAAGAUUCUCAGGCUGCUAGUGAACAUUCUGCAAAGCAGGAGGAAUCCAUAACUACGGCUCAUGAAAAAAGUGAAGAAAGUCAAUCUGAUGAAGAGAGAGAGAACAAAAAUACAGCCGAAGAAUUGUUGUCCGAGUCUUUCUGUGAAUAUGAAACGGGUGGUUAUUCACCAAAGUAUUUACUAUCAUCUGAUUUGGAGCCAGGUACAAUUGUAACUUUAGAGGAAGAUGAUACGCAGCGGCUGGAAUACGCAAGAAAUCAAGUUCUCAGUACUGGACGCAAAGUACAGAGCGUAAUGACUUCAGAAGAACAAGCAAUGCACAGAGAGGCGCGUAAGAAUAUGGGUUCGGAUGAAGCACAAUUCAGUGUCGAAUCGUCUUUGGAAGCACAAAUUUACCUGUGGUCUGACAAAUAUAGACCUCGAAAACCUAGAUAUUUCAACAGGGUUCAUACAGGUUUUGAAUGGAAUAAAUACAAUCAAACUCAUUACGAUAUGGACAAUCCGCCUCCCAAAAUUGUGCAGGGAUAUAAAUUCAAUAUCUUCUAUCCGGAUCUCAUUGACAAAAAUACAACGCCAGAAUAUUUUUUGAAGCCGAUCUUGGGCGAGAACGAAAGACCAAAGACUGCGAAUCUGGAGAAGCCCAGCGUGCUGGACCCGAAGCUGGUGAACAAGCUCGACAUGUCCCUCCUGAGCAAGGAACUGCUGAUGACUCGAAUCCGUCACAAAGGCGUCGACAGGUCGAACAUAAUGGCCUUGACAAAGCGUCGUAGGAGCGUCCCUAUAGGAGACCAUCAGCGACGUUCGAUAUCGACUGCAGUUGCAGCUGCAACGAAGAACGCGAGCACGGGGGUAUUGUUGCUCGUGCGACAGAAACGUCAAAGUUUCGAGCCUUUGACGGACUCGGAACUGUGUAACGGGGAACUUGCAUCAGGAUCACCGACUGGGAGGAGACAUUCGAGAAGCAGGCUGGCGAACGCGCUAAACAGUCAGCAGGUGAAAACGAACUCGAGGAAUCAGGGGAACGUGUCAACGAGAAUCAGCGCGGUGAGCCCCGAAGAUAGGUCUGCGAAAACGAGCUCGGGAAGUUCCUCGGAUGGCUCCACGAGGAAGAAUCUAGCGAACUCUUCAAGGGUGAACCAGGGUGGGUUGUCGUUGGCGCGCAGGAAAUGUCAAAGUUUCGAGCCUAGAAUAGAAUGGGAGGUGUGUGAUCCGGAGAUUCCGUCCGAUCGACCGCUUGAGAAGCGACGAGGUUCAAGGCUGAGCCUGGCGAACGUCAGAGAUGGGUCGAGUAGGAUAAGUGUCGUCAAUUCCCAGGACGAGUCGACCAGGACCAGCACCGGUAGUUCUCCAGAUCGGUCCGCGAAGGUAAUUCCGGGGAAUUCUCACGGCGACCUGAAGAAAAUACAUCCCGUGAGCUCCCAGGAUGGCUCUCUAUGUUCUCCAGAUUGCUCCAUAAGUACUGUUCUGACGAAUCUUCCGGAUGAGUCAAAGAGAACGAGUUUGGUGAACCAAGAUGGCAACACCAGAACCAGUCUCGGAGUGCAGUCACUAGCUCGGCAGAAACGACAGAGUUUCGAGCCUCCUACGGAUUUGGAGUCGACCAUCGUGGACAUCUCGUUGAGUCGACCCAUCGCGAAGAGGCGCGCCAAAGCAAACCCUAGGAUGAAAGCUAAUUCUAUCAACGCGAAGGACCGUUCUAUGACGCAUGGAUCAAUCGGUAAGAACGAGUCCCCGAGAACGACCUCGGAAAAUUCAAAAGACAGAUCGAAGAUGAUCCCGACGAGUCCCCCGAGUGGAUCCAUCAGACGCACCCCAACGAAUCCCAGAAAUGGAUCGACCAAGAGGACAAACGAUCCAGAGUCCCGAAGACUCGACGACAAUAACAACGGGAACAAGACCAGUCUGACUCCUGCGGGAGAGAUCUCAUCCCUGACCUCCCUCAAGAGGAAGAACUCGAAGGCAGCCAUCUCGAGCGACGUGGAGCUCUUCACCAGCACCGUCGAAAGCGCUCCGGAACCCUGCAAAACCUGUGGAAGACCCGACCAACCCGAGCGUUUUCACAGUCACCCUAAAACCGCGUUACCCAGGAGAGUUCAAGAGAAAGAGACGUACAAGACGACCCCGAAAUUCGCCGUGCCGAAGACCGUUCAGAAACCCGUAGCCCUCAAUUUUCGCAGCGAAAAGGUGAAAGGGAAACCCGAGGAAGAAUCAGCCUCUGGGGACCGGAAGCCAAGGUCUCCCGAGACCGGAAGUCCUCUUGGAGAAUCACGCACCGAUAACCGGACGUGGACUCGAAGAGUCUCCCCUGGGAAAAGAAAACCCAGGACUGUCGUUUGUUAUAUCUGCGGUCGGCAAUUCGGCUCGACUAGUUUUCCUAUUCAUGAGCCUAAAUGUCUGCAGAAAUGGGAGCGGGAAAAUAAUUCUCUGGACCCUUCGCAAAGGCGCUCUUUACCGCGAAAACCGAGCAUCCCUCUGGACCACCAGGAUUGGAAUUCUGUUGCAUGGGAGCAAAGUCAGGCGCAGCUGGUACCAUGUUCAAAAUGCGGAAGGACGUUUUUGCCAGAUCGUCAUCCCGUACACGAAAGGAGCUGUAAAGCGACCCCUAAAAAUUCAGAAGGGGAAAAGACUGAGAGGUCCGAAACUGUGGGGAAAUCUUCCUGGCCGGUCAAUGUUGGGCCUAACACAAUUCCAUGUCAAAUAUGUGGCAGGAAUUUUGGCACGAGAAGCAUUAAAAUCCACGAGCCUCAAUGUAUAAAGCGAUCAAACGCUACACGUGACACCACUUUUGCAAGUCGACAAGAAAAGGGAAUUUUUGAAAGUGAGAAAAGCUUCGCGGGGUCCAACGGAAGAUCGCAAAAGAGUUCAGAGAAGGGAAUCAUGCAACGAAAAACCUUAACGUGUUACAUAUGCGGUAGAGACUUCGGAUCCAUAAGUAUUACUAUACAUGAACCACAAUGUUUGAAAAAAUGGCAUUUGGAGAACGAGAAACUGCCGCCGAAUCAAAGGCGGAACGAGCCCAGAAAGCCAGAUUUGAUUUAUAUCUGGAACUCAAUUGAAGGAACCGCUGCAAUAGAUUUGGAUGCAAUGGCUGAAGCUAGCUGGCGUUCUCAUUUGGAUCAGCUUGUUCCUUGCAAGCGUUGCGGAAGGACGUUCAAUCCCGAUCGAGUGGAAAUUCAUGAACGAAAUUGCAAAAGCAAACGUUAACCGAUUUCUACGGUGUGGAUCUAUUCUCUGAUAAACAUCGUCCUUAUUGAUACGUUUCAUCCAUGCAUUUAUAUGUAUGUUCAGUAAACCUUGUCGUUAACUUAGUCUACCGAUAAGAAUAGAAAAUGCAUUCGUAGCGUUGGUAAAAUGAGCGAGCGGUGAGAUGUACCAGUUACUAAAAUAAGCAACUCAGCAGAAUAUUUGUAAGCAGAAUUUCUUACAUUGGUCUAGAAUAGGAAUUUAUUGGGAAACGUCA